CCGUCGUAUUUCUCGCCUGCUGAGUCGGCUAGCCGCCCACGCUCGAAGAGUCACAGCACAGGAGGGGCCCAGCCUUUCCACCUAAGAAUACUCCCUAUUAUCUUCCCGCCGCACGAUUUAAAAUGUCGGAUGCGAAGCGCGAGGAGCGCGAGGAGCGCGAUGUCGCCGGAGAGGACCCUCUCGUCUCCGAGGAGGGCAAUGACGAGGAAGAGAUUUCCGCCAUGAAGAGACGUGUUGCCGAGAUGGAGCAAGAAGCGGCCAAGUUACGCGAGAUGCACGCCGCCCUGGAGGAGAGAGGGCAGGAGGUCUCAGAGGACCGCUCCGACGUCGACAGCCGCAGCAUCUUCGUCGGAAAUGUAGACUACUCCGUGUCCCCGGAGGAAAUCCAGGCCCAUUUCCAGAGCUGCGGUUCCAUCAAUCGCGUCACGAUCCUCCUCGACAAGUUUACUGGCCAGCCGAAGGGUUACGCAUACGUCGAAUUUACCGAACCCAGCCUCGUCGCCCAGGCGCUCGUAUUGAACGAUAGCGUUCUUAAGGGGCGCAAUAUCAAGGUCACGCCGAAGCGGACCAACAUCCCGGGACUGAGCCGUGGCCGCGGCCGAGGCCGUGGCGGGUAUGGUGGCCCAGGGCGAGGAUACUACGGGGGAAGAGGAGGGUUUACGCCACGAGGAGGAUAUUACCGCGGCGGUUAUCGAGGAAGAGCCCGGGGCGGCGGGUUUAACCCGUACUGAAGGCAAUCCGAGCGAGCCCCCUCGGGUUGCUUGAACUUUUUUUUUCCCCUCUGGGAAGGGGCCUAGACGUGGCUCUCAAGG